GACGCCAUCAAGGCCCUGCCCGCCUCGCAACUCGGUACUCGCGUGGAAAGUCACCUGCUUUCGCGAGCCCCCACUCUGGGUUCAACCGCUAACAAACGCGUCCUCGUCAACUAGAAGCAGAGUACCCGUCCCGAAUCACCAACAUUACGGGAAUCUUCGUUAAUUCCCGGGCGAUUGCUACAAGGCACAGGGCUCCCGAGCGGUUUUUUGUUUCCUGCAUAAUGGACCCAAACUGGGCAUCCGAGUUCAACGACGGGGAGGACGAGGAUGAAGCGCUCCGCCGCGCCAUCGCCCUCUCCAUGGGCCAGGAUGUCUCUCCCGAGCCGGAAGGCGCUUCCCCGUCUGUCCACAAAGACAGAGCUGCCGUUGGAGAGACGGUCGAUCUGACGUCCUCCUCGCCUGGCCCGAGCGAAGAUGAUGGCGCCACCAAGGCACCAUCUCCAGGCCCGCCUGUCGCUGCCACACCAGCGGCCGCAGCUGCUGCCACCUCGUCUAUCUUCGGCCUGGAUAGGAAGAAAAUGGAGGAGGAACGCCUGGCCAGGAUGUCAAAGAGGAAGGCAUCCGAGGCCGGCCUCUCACCGACCGAGGAGAGGCCUCAACAGCGCUCAAAGGUGCUCGAUCAUCCAUCUUCGGGCAUCGUUCCUCCCCAUCUCGGCCAGGCCAUAGCUGAGGCGGCCAAGCCGCCAGUUGCCUCUGUCGCGCGCUCUUCUGAAAAGGCAUCCUCCCGGCCUCUGGCCUCCCCAGCUGGUGCCGACUCGACACUCCCUGUCUUCCCCAAGGGGGUUGUCAAGAGAACAUGGCUGCGCGGCCAGCCCAUGACCUCGGACGACAUCACGAUCGACCAAGUUCUGCAAAAGGACAUGUUGCAGAUGGCGGUGCUAAGUAGCUUCCAGUGGGAUACAGACUGGCUUUGGCGGAAGGUGAACCCGAUGAAGACCAAGAUCACGCUGGUCGCGUACGCGGGUAACGAGGUAGAGAAGGCUGCCGUCGUCGAGAGCGCUCGAGGAAUAGCCCGCCUGUGUUUCCCGCCCAUGAAUGGAUUUGGCUAUAUGCACUCGAAGCUCCAGCUCCUCAAGUUCCCUGGAUUCCUUCGUAUUGUUGUGCCAUCCGGAAAUCUUGUCUCGUAUGACUGGGGUGAAACAGGAACUAUGGAAAACGUGGUCUUCAUAAUCGACCUCCCGCCUGUUGGUGACCUUGCCGGGUCAGAGGGCAACACCCUAACCAGCUUUGGAGAGGAUCUCUGCUACUUUCUCAAGGCCCAAGGACUCGAAGAGUCCCUCAUCAAGAGUCUGCGGAAAUACGACUUCACUGAAACAUCUCGUUAUGGCUUUGUUCAUAGCAUACCUGGCUCGCACAUGGGCGACUCCUGGAAUCAGACUGGAUACUGCGGUCUUGGCAGAGCGGUCAACAAGCUGGGAUUGGCAACCGACCAGCCUAUCGAGGUUGACCUUGUGGCCUCUUCAAUAGGGUCCCUCACCUCUAAAUUCUGUUCAGCCUUGUACAAGGCUUGCCAAGGCGACUCCGGGAUCAAGGAGCACGAAUCCAAGGGAGCCAAGGCCAAGAACGGUAUGGGCGGCGCCGCGUCAACAACGCAAGCUGCCCUGGCCCAGAGGUUUCGUGUCUACUUCCCCUCUCUCCAGAGCGUGGUAGCAAGCCGAGGCGGCCGGAAUUCAGCAGGCACCACCUGCCUGCAGUCCCGAUGGUGGAACUUGCCAUCCUUCCCUCGGGAGCUGUUCCGCGACUACAUGAACCCCAGGCGGGUGCUGGUGCACAGCAAAAUCAUCUUCGUUCGAGCGCCAAGCGGCGGCGCUAGCUGGGCCUACGUCGGCAGUGCCAACCUCUCCGAGAGUGCCUGGGGCAAGCUAGUGAAGGACAGGACGAGCUCCAGCCCCAAGAUGACCUGUCGCAACUGGGAGAGCGGGGUCAUCGUCCCUGCAGGCUCCGGCCACGAGCUCAAGCACCAGGGCCACGGCCGGGCGGAGGGCGCGGGGAUCUGCGGGAGUGUGGGCGCCGUUUUCGAGGGUUGCGUGCCCCUGCCCAUGACCCUACCCGGGACCGAGUACGCCUCAGGGGACGGAACGAGGCUGCCGUGGUUCAUCGAUCAACAUUGAGAACGGCCCAGCCAGGCCGGCCAGGGCCAUGACCUCCAGACCAUGAUCUCCAGGCCAAAGUCCUAGACACCUCCGCAUCCAAAUACUGUUAAAUUUCUUUUUAUCUCUACCGUAAUGCUGUUACUGCUUCUCUCCUCUUUUAUUGUCCUGUUUGAUUGAUUGUUUUAUUUAUUUACCAGUUCGGGUGCGUAUCAUGCACCUCCGCGACUCAUGCUGGACUGGAGGACGGACUUGGCUGCCCGCCAACGUUGUGUGUCGCUUCCCUUCCCCAUCGCCCUUAUUUAGGAGCCAUGCUUUGUUUGCGCUAGUCUUGGCGUCUCGCGGUGAUGUAGUUUUGGGGAAGCACAGCCGGGGCGGUCUCAUCUGCCGGGCCAGGCCAGGCUGUUUAGCGCCGUGAUGCUACCAUUACCACCACCACCGCAACCGCAACCACCACCUCUCUGAACCAAGUGGGCCGGCCAUGAGACUGGCAGGUCGCCAAUGGGGCGUAGGCAACCACGCACUGUGGUGUGCGGCAUAUACGGAGCUAGGUAUCGUGUUCCCCCCACCCUGGGAUUGAUUGAUGGCCGUCGGGCUAGUAGCGUGCUCAAGUGGAGGGACAGGAUGGCUGGG